UGCAAGCAGCCAUAAUUGGGAUUAUUCAGGAAUAAUUCGCCUAAUCCAGUCGCCUUGUUUUUCUUUUCCCCCUUUUUCUUUUGUCAAAUCGUGAUUUCGACAGCGUGAUGGCGACGUGAAUGUGGAUUUGUCAGACCACGGAGGCUGCAUUAUUUUUUAUUGUGGACUAUAAUAAGAUGUCGCUGGAAAAACAAAGACUGCAUAUGAACAGUUCGGGGUAAAUACCUUUUUCAUUUUGACUGAAAGAUGGGAAAUAGAGUGGUUUGGAGGCUGUUUUCUGCGUGGACUAAUUGCACCACCAGCCAAUAUACAUGCCAAGACCAUUCAUUUAGGGGAUGCGCGAUAUUUUUUUCCUCCUCUCUAACGUUUGUGGGUGGGUUAUUAUAAGCAUUGAAAAUCUGACAUCAUUUGGAUAUAUGUGAACACAACAAGCUAUGGUUUUUUUUCCCCUUGUAAAUCGCGUUUCUGUUUCUAAGCCUUCUGGAAAUCCACCUUCGACGUGAUGCCACAUAGAAACCUGUUUUCUCGGAUGAUAUUCAGACACAAAUGAACACAUCCCUGUGACUGAGAAAGGGUGGCGGAUGUUUUUCUGUGCCACAGUCCUCACCCCGGAUUGUCUGAUCAGCUGUUGAUUUUGUUUUUUUUACCAUUACCUUUAUUAUAAGACUGCUGUAUGUGGCUCGGUUUGCGAUGGAUUUAUGCAUAACAGGUGUUGUUUGAGAGCACAGCAGGGGAACAUGAGGCUUUAUUAUGUGCUUUUCUCUCGGUUUAACAAGCAGUGAAACAAAGCGACCGGGAUCCGUUUUCUGUUUCUUUUUUGCCUUGAGAGAAGAGCCGAUCCAAAAAAGAUGAGGGGAUGAAAGGUGGCGAGGUUGUGGACAAAGAGGAAAAAAGAUGAGUCUGUCAUGUAGAAAGGAUCCUCACGGCCUCUCCUUGUAGAAGCCGUUUGGAGAGGGCGGGUUUGUAGCGUUUAUAACAAAAUAAAAAAAGGGCCCCGAAACCAGGAAGGUGAUACAAUGGCCAACCAGAGCUUCGCCAUCGAUGGCCCGGGCAGCUUGCUGGCUGUGCUGGCCUCUCAGAGCGGCAUGUCUAGGGGAGGCAGCAGCAGCAGCGGCGGCGGUGGCAACAGUGGCGGAAUCUCCACCACAGAUGUGUCCGCCUACUUUAAGCUGGUCUUCUUGGGUCUGAUCAUCUGUGUCAGCCUGGUGGGCAACCUCUUGGUGUCGCUGCUCGUGCUGCGGGACCGGACACUUCACAAGGCGCCCUACUUCUUCCUGCUGGACCUGUGCCUGGCCGACGCCGUCCGCUCGGCCGCCUGCUUCCCCUUCGUGCUGGUGUCAGUGCACAACAGCUCAGCCUGGACCUACAGCGCCCUGAGUUGUAAGGUGGUGGCUUUCAUGGCGGUGUUGUUUUGUUUUCACGCUGCCUUCAUGCUGUUUUGCGUCGCCGUCACCCGCUACCUUGCCAUCGCCCACCACCGGUUCUACGCCAAGCGCAUGACCAUCUGGACCUGCGCCGCCAUCAUCUGCAUGGUGUGGACUCUGGCCGUGGCCAUGGCGUUCCCUCCGGUCUUUGAUGUGGGGACGUAUAAGUUCAUCCGUGACGAGGAUCAGUGCAUCUUCGAACACCGCUACCUGAAGACCAACGACACCCUGGGCUUCAUGCUCAUGCUGGCCGUGGUGGUGCUGGCGACCCACGGCUUCUACGCCAAGCUGCUGCUGUUCGAGUACCGGCACCGCAAGAUGAAACCGGUCCAACUGGUGCCAGCCAUCAGCCAGAACUGGACCUUCCACGGUCCCGGAGCGACAGGGCAAGCCGCGGCCAACUGGAUCGCAGGGUUCGGUCGCGGCCCCAUGCCUCCGACUCUGCUCGGCAUCCGUCAGAAUCUACACAAUCAACACCGGCGGCUGCUGGGGAUGGAGGAGGUGCGGUCGGAGAGGCGGCUGGGCAGGAUGUUCUACACCAUCACCCUGCUCUUCCUGGUCCUCUGGGCGCCCUACAUUGUGGCCUGCUUCUGGAGGGUGUUCGUCAAGUCCUGCACCAUCCCCCAGCGGUACCUCUCCAUCACGGUGUGGAUGAGCUUCGCCCAGGCUGGAGUCAACCCCAUCUUCUGCCUCCUGCUCAACGAGGACCUGAGGAAAGUGCUAAGGGCUCACCUGCCCACCUAUUGGAGGACUAAACAACACCUGCCCCAGGACGAGGCCUACUGCAUCAUGUGAUCCGAUACACCGAAGAGAAUGGUUCAGGGUUUUAAAGAAAGAAAGCGAGGAUUUGAAGUGAUGUAACGCAUCUUGGCUAAGUGUCUGUUUUGCACAACGAAAUCCGAUUUUUGCCAACGAUUGCAGACGCGUUAUUAAGAAUGUUUGAAUAGAGGUUUGACUAGAGGGGGGGCGAUAACGACAGAGCCCUGCUUUAGUUUCUGAUGAUGAUUAAUCAGUAGGAAAAAGAUCACAACUAUCACCGCUCCGACUAAGUGUGACAGAUGCCAUUUUAAAAUAAUGUUGCCUUAUUUCAGCGGGACACGCCCCAGAGCUUUCCUGAGUUUGUGUCACACGAGGCACAAAACAGACAAAACCCUUGAAUAAAAUGUGCUGCAGACUUUUGAAAGUGUUGAUCAGAGCGUUACUAACUCUGAAACACAUCGAGGAACUUAAAGGGGUCUGAACGGAUUAGUAGACCACCCCGGACGCCUUUUCAUGUAAUUCAAAUGGAGACUGCAGAAUAUCAGAUAGACCCAAUAACCUUGGAAACGUUUAAAUAGCCGUCGUGGACCCGAGGAGCCCCCGAACAUGCUUGAUUUUUUUGGACUUGAUUUAGGGCGUGUCAGGUUUUCUUUGUAUCAUAAAAAAAAAUUGCCUGUUUUUCCUUUUAUUUGUAAACUAUACAUGUUAAGCAGAUGACACUAUUUUGAAAUAUGACUUGAUUUCAUAUUGUACAGACUGUACGGGAAUGUCCAUUCCUGCUUGUGUGUUUUUAUAUAGCAUUUGUGUGUGUGUGUGUGUGUGUGUGUGUGUGUGUGUGUGUGUGUGUGUGUGUGUGUGUGUGUGUGUGUGUGUGUGUGUGUGUGUGUGUGUGUGAGAGAAGAAAGUGUGUGUGAGAAGAAAGGAGGGGAUAUAAUGAUGAUAGAAUAGGUUCCAGUAAUAUUGAGUCAAUAUGAAAAGCAGCCUCAUCUUGGUGUCUCAAAAACCGUGCAAAAAUUGAACAAUAUUCAAAUGGAAAUGUAUCCUUUAAAUGGAUUUCCGUAAAAUGUAUUCUGAUUUUCGAGCAAAUGUGAAGUAUGAAGGAUUAUGAAUAAUUACAAAGCAUCACAAACAGGCCGGGAGGAUUUAAUGACUUGAAUGAUGAUGUAAAUGUAAAAAAGAAAAUUAGCAAACGAUGAUCUUGGGAAUGUUUUACUGUUAUGCGAACAAAAAAAUGAAGGAAUGAAGUGGCCCUUGAAGGGAACUUGAAUGUUAUAAGGCCCCCCAGACAACAUAACUGUCAUAAUUUCCUGGAUUUUAAAAUCUUAAAAGGCUGGAUACGACCACAGAGAAGUUUGUUGUGUGGAAAACCGGCUACAUGACGUUGUCUCAAAUUUAAGGUUCAUGUAAUACAAGUGUCAGACCUACAGUAUGUUAGGCAUAGAUAUGUUUGUGCAGUCAAUUUUCUAAAUGUGGACACUUUGCACAGCAUACUGUAUUAGCAUGCAUUCCACUGCAUUUCAUAGAUUCAAGACUUGGGGGGUUACAACCUGUACAGAUGUUGAUAUAAAUGGGAGGACGAAGUGAAACGUGAACCGAGGUUCAAACUUUUUACGUCUGGCAUUCCUUCGCGAGAUGAUAUUCUGUAACUGUACAGUUUAACUGAGGUGGUUCUUUUGCCCACUCAUCAAUAAAGACUCUA